AUGAGGUGCUCGAUGGCGUCUCAGUGUUCCGUGUGUGAGACCGACUCUGCUUGGACCGAGAUGAUGGACUAUCCAAGUCACCGUCACCCCACCAUCAAAGCCCCGCACAAACCCCUUCAGCUCCAUCUUCCGUCAGAAGAGACAGGACUUCUCUCCGGACUGCCAGCCUGGUGCCAGUGCGAGCCCGUCAAGCCAACUUGCCCACCUGGACCUCCCGGACCACCUGGACAGCCUGGACAGCCUGGUAUGUCGUUUCUUCCUUUCAUUUUAGUUCCAAAUUCGAUUUGUCUACUUUUGUGGCUAAAAUUAUGGUGCAGUGGACAGCUGGACCCCGGACCCGAUGGACCAGCCGGAAACGCCGGACCCGACGGACAGCCCGGACAGCCUGGAGCACCUGGCCAAGAUGGACAGCCCGGUCCAGCUGGCCCACCCGGAGACUCUGGAGCUCCAGGAGCCCCCGGAAACGAUGGUCGCCGGAGCCACCGGACAGACGGCACUCAGGACGGUGAUGCGCCGGAAGCCGGGACCAUCUGGGACAGAGAGCCCCGAAAGCGUGGACCCAACGGUCAGCCUGGCGCUCCCGGACCUCAAGGACCAGCUGGACAGGCUGGAGCCCCAGGAAACCCAGGAAGCGAUGGACAGCCUGGUGGCCCCGGAGGACCUGGACUCCCAGGAAACGAUGCCGCCUACUGCCCAUGCCCACCUCGCUCGGCAGUGUUCGUGUCUCGCUUCACUCACUAA